AUGAUCACGGAAACGAUACGACGAGUCAACGGCUACGAGAAGGAUGCCUACACAUAUUAUCCCGUCAUCAUCGUUGGUGCCGGCGCAUCUGGCAUUGCCAUGGCCUGUCAGCUGAAGCAGCAACUUGGAUUUGAUCAGUUUCGCGUAUUCGAUCGACAAGCAGGCAUCGGAGGAACAUGGUGGAUAAAUCGGUAUCCUGGAGUUGCUUGUGACGUACCCGCCGUCUUCUAUUCUUUUAGCUUCGCCCAAAAUCCAAAUUGGACCUCUUUCCACCCACCCGGCAAAGAAAUCGUGCGCUACUACCACGAGGUAUGCGAGCAAUACCGCAUCACAGACAAAUUUGAACUUAAUACGGAUAUCGAAAGCUGCAGAUGGCUGGAAGACGAGCAACUAUGGGAGGUCACUCUCCGUCGUAUGGUGGCAGGCAUGGGCGAUCUCUCAUCAAAGGAGCGCAUAAAGAUCGCACAGGAAAAGGGCGAGCAUGCAGUAUACUCGGAGACUGAGAUUGUAAAAUCCAAGGUUGUGAUCAGUUGUGUGGGAGGAUUGGUCGAACCAAGGGGCUGGCCUAAUGAAAUCAAGGGCAUUGAGAACUUCAAGGGCAAGAUGUUUCAUUCAGCAAGAUGGGAUGAAACCGUCGAUUUCACAGACAAGAACGUCGUCGUUGUUGGCACUGGAUGUAGCAGCGCGCAACUCGUUCCCCGUCUACCCAAUGCGCCUUACAACGCCAAGUCAGUCACUCAAUUGAUGAGAUCACCGCCGUGGGUUGUUCCGGCUCCAUCACCGCCCGGCGGUGACGAGUGGUGGGAGAAGAAUGGUCCUAAGAUCAUGAGGAACGUACCGGGGCUCAAGGAACUAGCCCGUUUCCUUAUCUUCGCUGGUGCUGAAGUUGGUUUCCUCAAGCUCUUCCCCAAUACACCAUAUGCCGAGAAACAGAGGAAGAUAUAUGAAGAGAAAACACUUCAGAGCAUGCGGAAACGCGUUCCUGAGAAGUACUGGGACAUCAUGACGCCGGACUACGGUGUCGGUUGCAAACGCCGCAUCUUCGACAAGCGGUGGCUGCGCAGCUUGAAUGAUCCAAAGAUUGAGUUGACUACUCAGCCGCUGAACAGGGUCACUGAGCAUGGUGUUAUCAUCGGCCCCGGUGCGACGUACCCCAAGAAUGCGAAGAGGGAAGACUUCCCAGAGCGAGAAAUACCCGCAGAUGUCAUUGUCCUAGCAAACGGCUUCGACACUACGAGAUGGCUCCACCCACUCAAAGUCAUCGGCAAAGGCGGACAAGACCUAGUACAAGUAAUGGAAGAUCGAGGAGGCGCUCAAGCUUACCUAGGCACAGCUGUCGAUGGGUUUCCAAACUUCAUGAUGAUCUUUGGUCCUAACACAGCAACUGGGCACUCGAGCGUUGUCAUGGCCAGCGAGAACAUGGUAAACUAUUCCUUGAACUUCAUCCGCCUGCUUCUCACAAAUGAAGCCCGCACCGUCGACGUCAAGCACUCCGCCGAAGUCGCUUACACGUCUGAAAUUCAGCGUGCGCUCAAAAAUACUGUGUGGCAGAGUGGCUGCUCAAGCUGGUACUUUACGAGCGAUGGCUGGAAUCCUACCGUCUAUCCGUACACACAGAUCGACUUCUGGCGAAGAUGCACCUUUCCUAGGUGGAAUGACUGGAAUAUCGAAUAUACGAACAAGGGUAUUGCGAGGAUGAGGGCAAGGAGGGUGGUUAGGACGCUUGCGCUUGUGCUUGCGAUUGGUGGGGUGUGGAGAUUUAAGCAGAGUCGGCUGGGAUUGAAGGAUGUCAAGAGUUUGCUGAGAGGUGCGGUGCAGGGGUCUAUAGGGAAUUUGAAUGAGGUUUGGGAGAUGAUGAGGAAGGCUUUGCUGGCUUGA